CCGUCUCUCUCGCCUCGCUUUGCUUCCUGUUAGCGUUAGCAUUAGCAUUAGCAUUCAUAAACUGAACCCGUAACAUGUCAAACUAACGGAACGUGUUCGUGUCUGCUCUGCUCUGUCUUGUUGUUGACCGUAGUGUCCGUCUGGAGGAAGAGGUGAUCAAAGCAGGUGACGCGCUGUUAGCUGCUAGCUAAGCUAAGCUAACAAGCUAGCACCAGCAGAGGAAGAUGGGCUCCAUCCUGAGUCGCAGGAUUGCUGGUGUCGAGGAUAUCGAUAUCCAGGCCAACUCUGCUUAUCGAUUCCCUCCCAAAUCAGGGAAUUAUUUUGCGAGCCACUUCUUUAUGGGAGGAGAGAAAUUUGACACACCCCAUCCAGAGGGAUACCUCUUUGGAGAAAACAUGGACCUGAAUUUUCUUGGAAAUAGGCCAGUGCAGUUUCCAUAUGUGACGCCUGCACCCCACGAGCCUGUGAAAACCCUGAGGAGUCUCGUCAACAUUAGAAAGGACUCUCUGCGUUUGGUCAGGUAUAAAGAUGACUCUGACGCCACGGUGGAGGAAGGUGGAAAGCCAAAGGUUCAGUAUGGUGUGGAGUUCACCUUUGAUGCUGAUGCUCGGGUGGCCAUCACCCUCUACUGCCAAGCUUUUGAGGAGUUCUCCAAUGGGAUGGCAGUAUACAGCCCAAAGAAUCCAUCACUGGUGUCUGAGACUGUGCAUUACAAGCGAGGGGUGAGCCAACAGUUCUCCAUGCCAUCUUUCAAAAUAGAUUUCACCGAGUGGAAAGAGGAAGAUCUGAACUUUGACCUCGACCGGGGUGUGUUUCCUAUGGUAAUCCAAGCUGUGGUUGAUGAAGGGGACGAUUGCCUCGGACAUGCUCACGUACUUUUGGCAGCCUUUGAAAGACACGUUGAUGGUAGUUUCUCCGUCAAGCCUCUGAAGCAGAAGCAAAUUGUGGACCGUGUGAGCUACCUCCUACAGGAGAUCUAUGGGAUUGAGAACAAAAACAACCAAGAAACCAAGCCAUCAGAUGAUGAGAACAGUGACAACAGCAACGAGUGUGUCGUCUGUCUGUCGGACCUGCGAGAUACACUCAUCCUGCCCUGCAGACAUCUGUGUCUCUGCAACUCCUGUGCAGACACCCUGCGUUACCAGGCCAACAACUGUCCAAUCUGCAGGCUGCCCUUCAGAGCCUUGCUGCAGAUCAGAGCUGUGAGGAAAAAGCCUGGUGCUCUUUCCCCCGUGUCCUUCAGCCCCGUUCUGGCUCAGACUAUGGACCACGACGAGCACUCAAGCACAGACUCAGUUCCUCCCGGCUUUGAACCAAUCUCCCUGUUAGAGGCUCUGAAUGGUCUGCAGUCAGUGUCUCCUGCCAUCCCAUCGGCCCCCCUCUAUGAUGAAAUCAACUUCUCAGGGGUUCCCGGCGGCGACAGCAGGCAGCUUAGCUCCCCAGAGCAUUUAAGUGAUGGAAGUCUGCAGAAAAGCAAAGUCAGCAAGUCACCUGACAGCACCCUUAGAUCUCCAUCCUCCCCCAUCCAGGAAGAAGAUGAAGAGAAGCUGUCUGAGAUGUCCGAUGCUCAGCCACACACACUUCUGUCCAGCAGCCCCGCCCCCACUGACGCCACAGCCACAGAGGACGUGGCUGAAUCUCUGUCUCCGGAUGAUGAGGACAGGAUGCAAGCUGGAGAAGACAUCCUACAGGACUGCAGCAGUGAACACAGCAGCUUGACCAAAACAGAGAGCGACCCACCGGGCGACUUGUCUCUGCCAGGGUCAUCUGAGUCAACAGAAAGCCUGAAAAGUCAGAGCACAAACUGCUCCAGCCAGCCUCUCCUGUGUCCCACAAGCAGCCUUCAUAUGGAAGAUGACCACCUCAACCCCUAACUCUGAUCCAUCCUUUUCCCUCCCAUCCAUCAGAACAGAUGUCUGCGUUACAAAGAUCAUCAAGUUCCUCUAUUCCUUAUACCCGACCACCCAGUCUUCUGAUUCACUGAUCAGAGCAAACGAAAGCCCUGAAAGGAAGUCCAACCGGGCUAAUUGUCUCUGACAUUAGAAAAGAAAUUUGAUUCCUGCAAAGAUGUUCUUGGUCCCUUUCUCUAUGACUGAUGUUAAAAAAGAAAAGUUCCCUGGCUUUGAAAACAUUUCAUUAACUGUCGGAUGGUUGUUCAGUUGUGUGUCUUGACCAGAGUUUUGGUCUAGUUUUGUGGAUUCCAGAGAUAUUUCACUACCUGUCAUGGUGGUUUUAAGCACACUUACUUUAAAUUAACUGUAUCAAUUGCUUAACACUAAAUUCAAAAGAAUUUAUUAAUACGGUUUGUGUCUAGAUAUUGUAUUCAUCAGUGAAAUACAUUAAUGACUUGAGAACUUAUUUUUACAGUAAGGCUGAUUUGAGUUAUGAGCAAACAUUUUAAAACAUAUUACCUAUGUAAUCGUGUGUUCAUUUGAAGUGAUUUUGCACUCCAACAAAAUCGUUUAUAAUCCAUUCCUUAUAACAAGAGUUCAUGAUGAGAUGAGUUUAAGUUGUCUACAGUCUUAAACAUCUACAUGUAAUGUUUAUUAUUUUAAUGAUGUGAUAUCUAUGUAUCAGAACUUUACUAGAAUCCUGUGUGGUUACCUCCAAAAUUGUAUUCUUGCAUAUAACAUAAAAAAAAAUAGAUUCAGUUAACAUGCACAUUAUAUAAGACUUGGAUAAUAAAUAGGAGCUACAGAUUCACAUCCUAACAGCUAAACUCAAAGAUAGCAAAAGCCUGCAACAAGCAUUGAUUCUCCUGCUACAUGUAUGCUGACUCACUAUGGCACAGUAAGCGUGCUUGUCGUAGAUUUCGCAGAUCUCUGUACAGUCUUUUCGUGGCAAUGCUCGUGUCAGCUUAUGUGACGUAGCUGCAAAGAAAGGGGGUCUAGUGUUUGUGUGGCUGCGUCACAUUUACAUGACAUGGUCCUUUAUGUGUAGCGCCAUGCGUAUAGAUCUAUGUGCCUUGAAUUGAUAUGGCUGCCUGCUUGUUGCAUUGGACAUUUGUGUUCGUUUAAAUGCUACAAUAUGAAAACAGUUUUCAUCCCGUAGACUGGAUUUUGAUGUUCAUGUACAGAGCCUUUUUUUUCUAUCGCAAACUUCAUGCUACAGGAAAAUUGUAUCUCGUUAUAGUUGUUGCAAUAUAUAAUUGAAUUUCUUAAUUUACUAUUUUAUGGACAUUUAUUAAUUAUGCAUUUAAUCUUAGUACUUGAGGUUCAAGCAGAUGUUUGAUUGGAAGGACCACAUCCAAUGCAAUAAGUGCAAACAUGGCAUUUUAAUAAUUGGGCUAGCAUUUGCAUGUGAAUUUGUAGUAGAUUAAACCUCUCACUGCUUUUAAGUAACACGGUAAUUUUGUCUUUCCCCCUUCCUCUUCUGUGCCAUUUCAACUUGACACUGUGCCUUCCUGUCCCUGUUCUGACCACUAUUGACCUGGUAUCCAGGAUAACUCCACGGCAGGUGGUUUGUGGCUCUCUGUAAAAUCAAUACUGUCUUUCCUUGUGUGUAUAGCAGCAUGUGUAUGACAAUAAAGAACAAAUAUUCAGUACUUCAA